AUGGUUGGCUUCUCUACUAAACAUCUCCAUGAAGACGGACCGCUAGACCAAGUUGCUAAUGUUGUCCUAUCUUCGGACGACUUGAAAAAGCUUAACCUUGAUGAUUCAGUACACAUUGAGAUACCAAUAAAUGAAAAUGAAACAUCGAUUGACCUGGAGUACUUUGCAGAAAUUGUUCAUGAAAAGGAUGUUAUUCUCUCAGGGGACAUCACCUCUAUACAUCCUUCACUUCAAGACCCUUUCAAAUUGGAGGUUGCGAUUGUUAUCCAGUCUGCAACAAAGUACUUUGGUGUAUGGUCUGAUAUAUUGGCAGUAUUAAUCUCUGUUAAGACUCAAGAUAUGAAAAUUAGAUUGUUGAUUGAUCGAAUAUUUUUGGGCAGUAACGUUGCCAAUUUGGAAACAUCCCUUCUAUUAAGAUCUCUGAGAACACUUGUAAUCAGAGUGAGGACACAAGCUGAACAUGCGCUCAAAUUGGUAAAGCAUCUCAAAGACGUAAAGCAUCUCAAAAAGAACUAGGAGACAUACAGCACACUCAAUGGAGUUUGCUACUCUUCUCUUCGAAAAGAUCCAUUAGUAAAGAAACAUCUUCUAAACAGUUACUUUCCAGUUUCCACAUUAACCCUUGAAUCCAUAGAUAUUGCCAGGUAGUCCCCAUCACUUUUGAAGUCCUUCCAACAGGCCACCUCUCCUGAAGGUGUGUGGCCAUUGGUUGAAUGG